AUGUCCUUCAGAGUGGCUGAGUUCUACAGCGGCAUUGGCGGCAUGCACUUUGCGCUCAAAAAGGCCAACAUCGACAGCCAAGUGGUGCGGGCCUUCGACAUCAACACGGUAGCCAACGACGUCUACAAGCACAACUUCUCAAACAUUCCCGUCAUGCAGCGGAGCAUCGAAGCGCUGCCCAUGACAAUGUUUGAAGCGCUGCGCGCCGACCUCUGGACUAUGUCCCCGCCCUGCCAGCCCUAUACCCGCCAGGGACUUCAGCGCGGAUCCGAAGACAUGCGUGCCAAAAGCUUCCUCUUCAUCAUUGAACUCCUUGCCAAGCUCCAGAAGAAACCCAAAUACCUGCUGGUCGAGAACGUCGCCGGGUUUGAGAAAUCAGACACCCGGGCGGUGUUCUUGCGCCAACUUGUUAGGGUCGGAUACAGGUUCGAGGAGUAUCUACUGAACCCUCUGCAGCUGUGCUAUCCGAACUCGCGCACACGGUACUACUUGCUGGCCAAGCUGGACGCCGAGCCGCGCGAAUGCUCGGACGACGAGGAGUUCCCGGCGCACUUCAAACACGCGGUUCCUGGUGCCGAUCUCAUUGCGCCCGCUUCUAAUUCCGACGGCCAUGUGGAUUUCGAAAAGGGUAUCUGGCACCAUGAUGAGGUACGCCAGGUCAAGCAGUUCCUGCAGGAGCUGACAAAAGACGAGGCUGCACCGUACAGGCUGAGCCAGAAGGUGCUGGAGAAGCACGGGUAUGUGCACGAUGUGGUGACGCCGGAGGACCGCCGCACGUGCUGCUUCACAAAGGGGUACACCCACUAUGCGGAGGGCACCGGGUCGAUCCUGCAGCUCGAGGGCGUUGUCGGCACGGAUGAGAUGACGCUGGAGAACACGCGCUACUUUACGCCGCGCGAGGUCGCAAACCUGAUGGGAUUCCCCGAGGAUUUCUCGCUGCCUGCCGGUACCACGAUAAAGCAGGGCUACCGCCUGCUGGGAAACAGCCUGAGUGUCAGUGUGGUCUCUGUACUGAUGGACUAUCUUGUUCGGCGCAUGUAG